AAACAAAGCUCAGUAAUUUCUAGAAAAGAUAAACAAACAAGAUUAGAACUACUCAACAGAACUCCUACUUUAUCGGGCGAUUUAAAAAUAUAACAGAGAAUAUAUAUCACUUAAUGAAUUCUAAUUUCAAACCAUAAGUAUUUAUCUUCAUUACAUUGUUUAAUACUGAGAAUAACUCUGUAUCCAGAACCUGUUACAUCUAAAAAUGAGAUUACAGUCUGCUAUAUUGAUGUUGGCCACAUUGGCUAUUGUAGCCAAUUCUUCACGUCACCAACCACAACAGCCAGUAGCACAUUCACUGUCACUUUCACCAAGUAUUAAUGGCGAAUCACCAUCGCUUCCACCAUCAUCAGCGCCGGCACCGUCAAUAGACUGUAUUACGGUCGUGGCUGAUAUGUUUGAUUGCUUGUCUUAUUUAGGCCAGGGCAGUAAUGACACAAAGGUGUCUAGUUCGUGUUGUAGUGGAUUUGAAAGUGUUGUUGACAUUAGCCCCAACUGCGUAUGUGAAGGAUUGAAUGUUGCCGUUGAAAAUGGAUAUGUAUUGAAUAUGAGUAGAGUCAUGGAUUUGCCUCGUGCUUGUAAAGUUACUAUUCCUUCUUCUGCUCAAAACUGCAAAGUCUCUCCGACUCCUGCUCCUGGUGCAGGACCAGGCUCAGAAUCACCAGAGAUCCCACCUGAAGAGCCACCAACAUCCCCGUCUACACGACCACCCACUGGGGGUUCAGCACCCUCUAACACCCCUGGAGGAUCAUUAGCUUCAGCUCCAAGCCCAUCAAAAGGAGGAGCAUAUUCUGUUUCCAUCUCCUUUCUUGGGCUCAUUAGCUUGCUUGUUGUCACAUUCUCAGUUGUCUUAGUUUAGGCAGUGGUUUAAUUUGCACAUUUUCGUUGAUUUUUGCACCAUCUGAUAGCAUUUUCCUUUAUUGAUUUCUAGUUUUGAUUUAUGCC